UAUCCGCACCCUAUUUAUUGUGGUCGCGACCACAUUACAUUUACAUCUUCUCUCUUCCGUUCGUUCUCACCAUCACCACCACCACCACCCUUUCUUCUUCUUCUUCUUCUUCUUCUUCUCCCAAAUUCGUAGAACCACCCAACAACGCCGAAACGACAACUUGAUUCAAUCCGCCAGAAACCUUCAAAUUUUUGGAAUUUUGGGAUUCGUAGGUUUUUUUUGGUUAUGGCAUCGAAACGGAUUUUGAAGGAAUUGAAGGAUCUGCAGAAGGAUCCUCCUACUUCUUGUAGCGCAGGACCCGUUGCGGAAGACAUGUUUCAUUGGCAGGCUACGAUCAUGGGUCCAUCUGAUAGCCCUUACUCCGGAGGAGUUUUUCUUGUAACGAUUCAUUUCCCUCCGGAUUACCCUUUUAAGCCUCCUAAGGUGGCUUUUAGGACGAAGGUGUUCCAUCCAAACAUUAACAGCAAUGGUAGCAUCUGUCUCGACAUCUUGAAGGAGCAGUGGAGUCCCGCGCUCACUAUUUCCAAGGUGCUGCUAUCGAUCUGUUCGUUGUUAACGGACCCAAACCCGGAUGAUCCUUUGGUCCCUGAGAUAGCUCACAUGUACAAGACAGACAAGAACAAGUACGAGUCCACUGCUCGGACCUGGACCCAAAAGUACGCCAUGGGCUGACGCAGUUACUGUCCUUUUAGGAAGAGCCCCUAAUAAUUAAACUCUUCUUAUUGCUAUUGUAAUGAUCUAUAUAGACUUUGUCUGUCUCAUAAAAUUUGUGUAGACAGGAUCCUUAAGAAAAUCAUAUGAUCUCCAUUUCAUUCCAUUCCAUUCCAUGGAACUAUAAACCCUUUAAAUCAUCCCAUCUAAUGUUUGUUUA